UGUUUCGGUUAAACCUUUAGGGAUACCGUGUGAUUUACUCAAGAAUUAGGGUUCAGAUAAAAGAGAGGAGGCUGGGUCAACUCUACCACCAAAAACCCACUCGUCAAGUUUGGAAAAUUCAUAUAUUUACCCAUCAUCUGAGAGUGCCGUGAGCAAGUUCAUCUCUUUCAUUGUAGAAUGCGAAGAGCUUGCCCGCAAAGUCGUCUCUCACUCUAACAAAAUAACCUUCAGUCCAUCAACUGGAGGAACGUUUUAAACUUAGAAAUGGGAUUGCUUGGACGGAGAUGGGUAGCCGUAGGAAAAAAAUAAAACCCUAGCGAGGGGGUCCAAACUGUAGUUUACCAACACAACUCUCCACUCUCUGCUCUCAACUCUUCAUACUCUCUUGCCUUUCCCACUUUCUUUGAUCUAUUAAUUUCACCCAAUUUCCUCUCCCAAACACUAGAAUUUUCGACCACCGAACGAGAGAGGAGCGCAAAUUUUACUGUUUUGGGAUUGCGAUCAGAAGAGGAAUCUCGGUUGUUUGUGUCAGGCUACAUUUAAAUUCUCUAUUAUUAUCUUUUGCUAUGAUGGCAAAAACAUUAUUUCUCAACUUUCGAAGAGCUUCUUCACUCCUCAGACCCUUGUUAUCGGACCCUUUCUCCCUUAGGUCUGUUUUUUCAGCUAAAGAGUCAAUUUUGUGUUCAAAUGCUCACUUAAUUCCACUAAAACAAACAAACCCCUCAUGGGUUAUGAGAAAUUUGAGUCAUGGAACAGUGAGUCUUGUGAUUUCAGAAGGGAAACCUCGAUUUGAUACUCAUGAAAUUGACCCUCCUAAGAAGGAGAAGUGGAUGACUAAAAAGAGAUUGAAGUUGAAGAGAAAGAGAGAGAAAGAGAAGCGAAAAGCAGCCAACAAGAAGGAUCCACGUCGGCUUACUAUUAAAGGGAAGAAGCAGAAGCAGAAGUUUGCAAAUGCUGAGGAGAGAAUCAAGUACAAGCUUGAGAAGGCAAAAGUUAAGGAAGCCUUACUGAUUGAAAGACUUAAGCGAUAUGAAGUUCCAAAGCUUCAGGGACCUAUGGUUAAACCACAUGAAUUAACUGGUGAGGAACGCUUCUAUUUCAAGAAGAUGGCACAGAAAAGAUCUAACUAUGUGCCAGUUGGUAGAAGAGGAAUAUUUGGUGGAGUUAUUCUUAAUAUGCAUAUGCAUUGGAAAAAGCAUGAAACUGUUGAGGUCAUUUGCAAGCCUUGUAAACCUGGCCAAGUACAUGAGUAUGCCCAGGAGAUUGCCAGACUUAGCGGUGGAAUCCCGAUUCAGGUAAUUGGCGAUGAUACCAUAAUUUUUUACCGAGGGAAGAACUAUGUGCAGCCAGAAAUUAUGUCACCAAUAGACACAUUGUCCAAGAAAAAGGCUCUAGAAAAAUCAAAAUAUGAGCAAUCACUGGAAUCUGUUAGGCGCUUUAUUUCCAUUGCAGAGAAGGAAUUGGAGCUAUAUCAUAGACACAUGGCACUAUAUGGUGAUCCGAAUGAUCGUAAUCCCAUUACGAUCUUGGAUGGCCCAUCUAAAGUUGCCCGGGAAACACAAAAUAAAAUUCCGGAAAGGAAAGGCCAUGCCUCCACAGCUUGUAAUGUCUUUUCUGCAGGUAUUUCAGGGACUGAUGGAGAGCUAUCAGAAUUUGAAGACGAAGACUUAUUAUCUAUAGUUGAAUCGGGCUCUGAAGAUGACAUAUUGUCUGAUUAUGACAAUGGGGAAAGCCAAGUAAGCUUUUCUAGGACACCAGAGUUCAUCAACAAUCUUUGAAACUGUAUAUGAUUUUAAGAAUAAAAAAUUUUCUAUUGACAAAUUAUUGAUGUGAACCCAUAAGUUUUAGUGCUUAAAAAUAACUAUUAUCACAAAGAUUAAAAUUA